CACGCAGGCAUCCCCACGCAGAUGGUGACAUCCCCACGGGCGUGGCGCGUGCUGCUGGUGGUGGCCCUCUGCGCCCUGCUGUGCCUGGACCUGCUGGCGGCUGCCUACCCCCCGAAGCCCGAGAGCCCCGGGGACGACGCCUCCCCCGAGGAGAUGGCUCGGUACUUCUCGGCGCUGCGCCACUACAUCAACCUGGUGACACGGCAGAGGUAUGGCAAGCGUGCCAGCCCCGAGGCCGCGGCGCUGGAGCUGCUCCUGGGGGCCAGCAGGGACAGGUCACGGUGCUUCGUGGCAGGUGACAUCAGCAGAGGGGACAGGGGGGAUAUAAGGGCCAGCGCGGCUGGCAGCGGUGUCACCGAGGACUCCGGCUGCGCCCCCUCGUGUCGCUGCGCCCCCUCGUGUCGCUGCGCCCCCUCGUGUCGCUGCCCCCCUCCUGUCGCCGCUCCCGGGAUCAGACGUGUGCAUGCAUGUGUGUGUGCAUGCACGUGUGUGUGCGCGCCCACCCGCGCCGGUGCGUGA